AUGAACGAAAAUUUGAUGUGUGAAUGGGUUGACCAAGUUUUGAACAAACGACCUGGAGUAUUGACUAUAAACAAACCUUUGUUAUUGCUUGUAAUGGAUUCAUUUGAAGGGCAUCAUACUGAUAUGUGUGGUAUUUCUAAUGAAUUAAAUAGGACAGAAGACGAUUUAUUAUAUGAUUCAGAUAAAGAGAAUAGUGAAAUUGAUAAUAAUAAAGAUUUGACUGAGAUAGUUGAAGAUAGUUUGUCUGCUAAUGAAUUAGAAGAAUAA